GGGGGGGGGAUAUUUGACACGUUUUGGCAAGUUUGUGUGGGGAAAACAUUGUCCUCUGUGGUGCCCCAUACUUGCUCCAACCUCUCCGCUUCAGAGGCUAAAAGAUGGCCGAAGCUCAACCGUGGCCUAGCCGGUUCUUCUGUCACAGAUGCUCCGCGGAGAUUAGCCCUCGCCUUCCAGAGUACACCUGUCCAAGAUGUGAGUCAGGGUUCAUCGAGGAACUGCUGGAAGAAAGAAGUGCUGACAAUGGCUCCAUGUCUACCAUCUCCAGCGGGCCACAAUACCAGCAACCAUUUGAGAACACAGACCAGCACUUGUUUACAUUCCCGUCGGGCUACGGCCAGUUCUCGCUGAGCGUCUUCGACGAUCCUUUCGACUUCGGAGCUGGACUUGGAACGGAGGACAACCGUGACGCUGAGAGUCGGCGAGAAAGAGAGAAUGCGUCACGGCAACGCUACAGUGCCAGGCAGCCAAGGAGUCGUCACGGCUCAAGACGGCAGCAGGGAAGGCAUGAGGGAGUUCCGACUCUAGAGGGAAUCAUUCAGCAGCUAGUGAAUGGAAUCAUUGCCCCUACUGCAAUGCCAAAUAUUGGUGUUGGACCCUGGGGUGUUCUUCAUUCAAAUCCUAUGGAUUAUGCAUGGGGGGCUAACGGGUUAGAUGCUAUUAUAACUCAGUUAUUAAAUCAGUUUGAGAACACGGGGCCUCCACCUGCUGAUAGAGAUAAAAUCAAAAAUCUGCCUUCAGUCCUAGUUACAGAGGAGCAUGUUGCUUCAGGACUGGAAUGUCCAGUGUGCAAAGAAGAUUACAGUGUGGGAGAAAACGUGAGACAGUUACCGUGCAAUCACAUGUUCCACAAUGAUUGCAUUGUACCCUGGCUAGAGCAGCACGACACGUGUCCGGUGUGCAGGAAAAGCUUGAGCGGCCAGAACACGGCGACCAACCCUCCAGAACUAUCAGGGAUGAACUUUACCUCCUCCUCUUCCUCAACGUCCUCGUCGUCUUCCUCCACCCCCCAAUCCUCCAGCUCCACCAGUAAUGAGAACUCCACUGACAACUCGUAGAGAAGCAUUCUUAUCCGUCUCCAUCUUUAUUUUAUUUUUUUUAGCUCUUUGGAGCUUCCAGGCUGCUGUGACCCCGCUGACUCCCUGAUAAAGAGGAGAAAACCGGGGUGCAAUCUCGUUAAGAGAGCACCCGGUUCCGCGGUAAGACGACUGCUCCUGUUUUUUAAAUCCAACAUGGAUCCAAACAAAAGACUGGUGGAGGCCUCCUGGAGUGAAACCUCUGUCAAGGACAAUGUGGGGAUGUGUGUAAAAGACACCUCAUGCUCAAACAUUUUUGGAAUUGGAACAUUUUUUUUCCAGUUGAAAAGCAAAAUGAAAUGUACAUAUAUUCCGUUUUUUUUAAGAGUACCAUCAUAUCUAAGGCCUUACCGUGCACCCUAUUUUUUCUUCAUGGUUCCUUUUGGAUUCAAAUUCGCAAGUACUUAUCAAGGCUCCACUUGCAGUUUUUACUUAAGACCCAAACCUAUUUUGAUGUGAAACCUUGCUUUCCACACACAGCGAAUUUUAUCCGCAAAUCUUUUGCAUCCUCCAUUUAGAAGAACCAUUUCAUACAUGAUUUAACCUGAAUGGAAAGGGAGUUCUUUUCUAAGGUUGCCAGUUGAUUUGCAGUAUGAUCAUGUAUGAAAAUAAAGACGUUUGGGUGAUAACACUCAAGACACAUCA